AUGAGUCUCUUUGACCUCUUCCGGGGCUUUUUUGGCCUCUCUGGACAUAGGAGCCACAGAGAUCCCUUUUUUGGAGGAAUGACUCGCGAUGAAGAUGAAGAUGAUGAGGACGAAGGAGGAGGAGCCGCAUGGGACUAUGGGAGCCCCAGUUUUCGGGAGCCCCAGCCUCCAGAGGAAUUUGGCUUCAACUUCAGCCCAGGAGGAGGGAUGCAUUUCCAUCCUAACUUCGGUUUUGAUGAUUUAAUACGGGAUUUCAAUAGCAUCUUCAGCGAGAUGGGGGCCUGGACCUUGCCUUCUCAUCCUCCUGAACUUCCAGGUUCUGAGUCAGAGAAACAGAGGAAAGGUGAGACACUCCGGGACUCAAUGCUUAAGUAUCCAGACAGUCACCAGCCCAGGAUUUUUGGGGGUGUAUUGGAGAGUGAUACAGGAACUGAAUCCCCAAAACCAGCACCAGACUGGGGCUCCCGGAGACCUUUUCAUAGGUUUGAUGAUAUGUGGCCUGUGACCCCACAUCCUAGAGCCAGAGAGGAUAAUGAUCUGGAUUCCCAGGUUUCUCAGGAGGGCCUCGGCCCAGUUCUACAGCCCCGGCCCAGAUCCUAUUUCAAGAGUGUAUCUGUGACCAAGAUCACUAAGCCAGAUGGGACAGUAGAGGAACACCGGACUGUGGUGGACAGUGAGGGCCGGUCAGAGACCACAGUGACCCGCCAAGAAGCAAACAGCAGUCUUACACAUGAUAACGAAUCACCAAGACCUUCAGUCCUGGAUGAUACCUCUUCCAUACUGGAUUUAUUCCUUGGACGUUGGUUCCGGUAG